CUGGCCAGUAAGAACUCAGCUAAAGUGAUGCAGCGUAACAAAACCCGAUUUGACCAGAAAGUUACUGCAUCAGAACUAAAUGUUGGAGACAGAGUCCUAGUAAGGAACGUGCGACUAAGGGGGAAGCACAAACUCGCAGAUAAGUGGGAGUCAUCUGUGUAUAUUGUUGUGAAGAAAGCCGGCAAUCUUCCUGUGUACACAGUCAGACCGGAAGGCCAGAACAAACCACUAAGAACCCUGCAUCGAGACCUUUUAUUGCCAUGUGGAUACUUACCUUUUCCUGAGGAAGAAAUGCCUACCAGAGCUAAAAGGAAAUCUCCUGUGUUUUCUCCAGUAUCUCCUGAUGAUGAAGAGGGUCCAUCAGAGGAAGAACUAGUCGAUCCACCUUUGCACAUUCCAUCAUCUUUUGAACCUGUCAGAUUUACGAUUGAUAUUGACCUGCCUCCUGUCGAGCAGUCUGUCCCAGGAACUGAACAGUUUGUUCCCAUCACACAAUCUCCAGUGCCUGUAACUGAAGAGGACAGUGAUGCUGAGGAUGAUGAACCCAAAUUUGUGGAAGGGGAACUUAUGACUGUUAAAGAGGAACAACUAGCAGUAGAGAGUGAGGAACCUGAAAUUGACUCUGAACAACUCAAUCCUGCUGAAGUCUCCAGAGCUGACGGAAGACUCUCUCCAGAUCCUGAUACUCCAGAGUCUGACAAUGCAGAACAUGACACACAAGAAACUGAUAUAUUUGACAUUCCCAGCCAUACUGAAGAACCUCACUCACCAGUGGAUUCAGUAUCUCUGGACAGUGAAGACCAACCUCUGAGACGUUCUAGCCGCACAAGAAAUCCACCUGAUCGAUUACAGUACACUAAACCUGGCAAACCAUUACUGAAAAGCAUUCAGGCUUUGCUUCACGGUUUGAGCUCUGCUUUCUCCUUCGCCCUUCAAGAAGAUGAAGAACAGUUCAUUGCUCCGUACUCCAAUCAGCCUCCCAUUUGCUGCCAGCCUGGUGCAUGUACGAGGACGUACAUGGGAUCAGGAGGGGAGGGUGUAACCUGCAUAAAAUAAGAACCCGUAUUUUAUUUUGGCGGGUCAAAUUGAUAGCACCCUUUAAGUUCCGGGUCACAGGUGACUCAGAUCUGAAUAGCUGUUGCUGCUGUCGCUGUGGCUAGCUGCUCGUCUCGGCGUCUUCUAAACUAAUAGAAGAAUACGGCUGGAUCAAGGCUUACUAAGACGGCCGAAGGAUUUAACUGAGUGUUUUCUGUCGACCGCUCGACGGUCAGGUUUUUUUUCA